UAAUAAUUGAGUCAUAGAAAUGGGAAAUUGUUAGCAAUGCAAUGAUAAUGUUCCAAAUAAGACCCAAGAGAUAUUGACAACAAAAACAACAAAGAGUAAAUAAAAAGUUGGAAAGAAGUUAAAUAAAUAAGAAAUAAAAGGAGUAAUUAAAAUAUAAGCCAAUUUUAGAGGUUAUGUAAUACGGAAGUAUUUGUGUUAUUUUACAUUAGAAAAUAUUAAUUUAAAUUUUCCCGAUCGACAGCUUAAAAACAUAGUUCUUCAAUCUUAAAUUAAAAGAGUUCUCAUAAUGAUUCAGUUAUAGCUGAAACUUAAUAAGUGAAAUAGAAUACACUCUAAAUAUAAUAGACAAUUAAAAGAUUGCCUCCUAGAAAGGAUCAAGAGGAAGAAUCUAUUUAAAAAUAAUUUUACAAUGCCGAUAUUACUAUAAAUAUUAAUAAAGAAGUGAAAGAUGAUGUUAGUUCUAUGUCUGAAAUUAGCAAAGCAGCUAGUAAUCCAAUAGCAAUAUCAACAGAGAUGAAUGGAUUAUGUUUUAUACCAUUAGAAAAAAAAGAUUAAUAAUCAGUCUAAAGUAAUCAACAAUAAAAAUUACCUUGCAUUUAAUUACAAAAUGGAUGUUUUUAUGAAGGUUAAUGGAAGAAUGGGAUGAUUCAUGGUUUUGGUAAGUAUAUAUUAUCAGAAAAUUCAUUCUAUAUAGGAGAUUGGUAUGAAAAUAAACCAAAUGGAUCUGGUACAUUUCAACAUUCAAAUGGUGAUUUAUUUUUAGGUACAUGGAUUGAUGGAUAAGUUUAAGGUAAAGGAAAAUACACAUUUUCAGAUGGUACAUAUUAUGAUGGUGAAUGGAAUAAUGAUUUACCUAAUGGUUAUGGGAAAUAAAUAUAUGAAAGUGGUUGGAUAUAUGAAGGUAAAUUUUGAAUUGUAUUCUAAGGCUAGGAAGUUUUCAAGAUGGGUUUAAAAGUGGGUUUGGUAAAUUGAUAUAUCCUGAUGGAGCAAUAUAUGAAGGAAAAUUCGAAAAUGAUUAAAUGUCUGGAUUCGGAACUUUAACUUUUGCAGAUGGAAGAAUAUAUACUGGAGAAUGGAGAAAUGGUCUUAAAAAUGGUAAAGGAAUAUUUGAAUGGCCAGAUGGAAGAAAAUAUGAAGGAUUAUAUCUAAAUGAUUAAAGAGAAGGAUAUGGUGUAUUGAUGUGGCCUAAUGGUUAAAAAUAUUUAGGACUUUGGAAAACUGGACUUUAACAUGGUAAUGGAUAAAUCGUUAAAUCUAAUGGAACUACUUUUAGAGGAAAAUGGAUCAAAGGAAAAAUUGCAACAACCAAAUUAACCACUAAUACUCCUGCUAAAGUAGUUAAAUUAACUCAUGAUUGA